UUUCCUCCCACCUCUAAAGCUGAACAUUUCUUCAUUGUCUUCUUAAUUAUCACUUUAUCCUGUAAUUGGUGCUAAAUAUUCUGUUGGAUGAACGAAAAUGAAAAACCGCUUUCUUCACAGACAUCUUUUUAGACCAGCAUUCAGCAAUAAAUUAACAAAUUUUCCCCUUUUUCAACUGAUAAAAGGGAUUUGUUCGAUCCAAACUAUCAACCUUUCUUGGCAUUUCUUGGCUUCCUCAAUCAUUUAAUUCACAUUAAGCUGUUGAGCUGUUUGGUCAUCUGGCCAGGAAAAAUUCCUUAUGAAGAAAAACCAGACUGAUAUUUUUCAACCAAGGCGGUGAAAGUUCCACCACUGCCACCCCACUUUAGCCCAGCAUAGACAUGUUUUUCCAUUUGAACAGUUCCUAUCCAAAAUUUGAAGGAGACAAAGAACGAAAGCAGUUUGAAUUACAUUUUGGAAUGGACUUGUUAAAACAGUUCUUGCAUUCAGGAUGUUUAAUAGUACAUAUACUUUGUAUAAUAAGCACCCUGACGUAUUUUUAAAUUCUAUUUAUAGAAUUUUUGAUGUAUUUUUAAAUUUUAUUUAUAGAAUUUAAAAAUACAUCAGGGUGCUUAUUAUCUAUAAAUAGAUUUUUCACUUCCCAAGAAUCAAGCCAACAGUUCCGGGUCUUAAGAAAUAUAACAAAGGUAUAUCUUGAUACCUUUCUUUUCAUUUCUUGUUUUUAUUUUAAUGUGAAAAUUUUCAUUGUUUUAUUCUGUAUUAGUCCAUUAUUUCUCCAUUAUUAUAGUGUUCUUCAUCUGUUUCCCACACAUUAAGAAAUGUUUCUGAGCCAUCUAGUGCCCCUCUAUUCAAUGUUCUAAGUCCAAAUGCAAAAAGAAGCUUGAGCAAAUCUGGGAUUGUUUCCGAGAUGUGGUGAAUUGUGUUGGAAGAAACAAUUUGGAAAUAAUAGGAUGAAUGGGUUCAUCAUUUGAAAGAUGAGGAUGUAUGGUUUUAUUUUGUGUUAAAUGAUAAGCCUUUUUGUGACAAGGCGGCACAAGUGUCAACAUGGCUCCACAUGAAUUUGUAGUGAAAUGUAUUAAAUCAAGGUCUACUCUUUAUAAAGCAAUGAUGGCCGGCUGCUAACAAAUACAUAAUUAUAGAUGUUAAUAAGGUUGGUGUGCUAAGUCGAUUGCCUCAGUAUAAAAUCCUAUUCUGGAACUUUUGGCGAUCUAGAACCUGCCUUAACGUUUUCCAAGGGCGAUCUACAUUAAUUUGCAAGACGGCGAACGUCUACUCAUAAGACGAUGUGCUCAAACCGUGACUAGUGCUGCAAGUUUAUCCUUCCGCUGGAGAUAUACUGGUUCCCACGCGCGUCAAUGGUUUAACUGCAGUAAUAGUAACAGCCGUUGAGUGCCAGCGACAACGUGUUCGCUGGGCUGUGGCUAUUUUAUGCUUAUUAGUUUUGGGACUGCCAUUGGUUCAUUUUACUACUGAUCAUCUGGACAAACGCCAUAAGAAAUCUCCUUUUCUUCAUAAUUUGUACCCUUAAAUUUAUCUGAUAAUCCUCUCUAGGAGAGCUUUAUUCUCAAACUGAUGUUCGACUCUUAAGGAGACACAGGGUGGAGAAUUCGCAUAUACAUUCGUGUCCAUUAGAACGGUAGGAUAUAAAUUUUCUGCACACUGCGUCGUUCAGCAUUAAAAUGGCGGAGGCGAUUUUCAACAGCCUGUCGGUGAUGGACACCAGUCAGCAGGGUACCUGUCUGAUGGAUGGACAGCCCCAACAUGCUGUACAAACGACAGUCACAGUUUGUGGGGAGGAUGACCUCUUCCUGUGCGGCAAGUGUAAACGCCGCUUUGCUUCCAUCAGUCAGUUCAUGAAUCACAAACAGACUCAGUGUAUGCCUACCAGUAUCCAUGUCUCGCACAGCCAUCCCAUGAUGCAACAGCAUAACCGAGGACACACCUACACCAAUAUGGGCCACUCCCCCCACAUGCAGGUGUCGUCAGAGGUUGUUCUUGGGGACCAGGGUUUACCUGUGGCCAAUUACACCAAUAUGGAUCAAUAUCAAAACACAGUGCUGCAAAGACCAGCAAUGACUAUGCCUGCGGGACCUUUCAUAGCACCCCAUACACAAAUGGGUAUACACGUAGCCACCAGCAAUCAGCAAACAUACACCCAUUCUAAUAGCAGUACUCACCUUGGAGGUACUCCUAUCUCAUUGCAUCAACAUCAGCAACAACAACAGCAACAACAACAGCAACAACAACAGCAACAACAACAACAGCAACAGCAGCAGCAUCAGCAGCAACAACAUCAACAACAGCAGCAACAACAACAGUCACUGCAGCAACAACAGAGCCAACAGCAACAACAUGCAGUCAUCUUGCACACCCCACAUGAUACCCUUCCUAGUACCUUCACCAUCAUUUCCACCCCUGCACAACAACCCCCUAAAGACGUUCCUUCGACCAAGCCAGCCCCCAAGCCUAAGAAACCUAGGCAGCCACGGAAGCCCAAAGUUGCCCCAAGCUCACCUAAACCCCGCCGUAAGAGACAGGCAUACGUCUCUCCAUCAGGAGAGCGACUGCCUCGACCACCUUCCAAGAAGUCUCACUCAUGUGAGUACUGUGGCAAGACGUUUCCUUGGAACCAUGAGCUUCAACGACAUCUGAGGUAUCAUACUAGAGAGAAGCCGUUUGAAUGUCCCAAGUGCCACCGGAUGUUUGCUGAGAGGUGCACUGUCAGAAAACACAUGAUGACCCACAAGGAUUUGCCAGAGGACAUGGAUCGAAGCUUGCCCAAGCACCAUCCUUGUCCCGAGUGCAACAAAAUGUUUGUAGGUUCCUUUGACCUGCAGCAGCACAUGAGAAGCCACACUGGUGAGAAGCCCUUCCAGUGUGAGAUCUGCCAUAAAGCUUUCUCUCAGAAGUCCAACAUGAAGACACACAUGAUGCGCAAUAAGAAGUGCUCUACAGCCCGGGCUGCUUUGCUGGAAAUGAAGGCGCAGGAAGCAGAGAACAAAGGAGAAGAAGGCACCGAAGAUAAAGGUGACCAAGGAACUGAGACUUCACCCACAAAACUGCAAGAAGCAGAAGAACAAAAGGAGUUUAUCUGUCAGAGAUGUAAAGAGGAAUUCACUAGUCUUGAGGAACUGGGCCAACACCUGACUAGCACCAGGCAUCACCACAACUGCCCAUUCUGUAAGAAUGCUUUCCCUUGUCAGCACUUCCUGCGUCGUAACCUGUCCUCUAAGAAGUCCAGCAAGGACGGCAUGCAUCAGUGCAAACGUUGCCAGAAAGUGUUCAGUACACCUGCCAUCUUUAAGGCUCACAUGGCUACCCAUCAUGCCCCUGCCACCAACACCCGACCCCACAAGUGUGACCAGUGUGACAAGUCCUUCCGUCGGCAAGAAAAGCUUGAGAAGCACCAAGCAAUGAUGCAUGGGCCCAAGAAGAAGCUCAAGUGUCCGUUUCGCAAUGUCUCCGAUUGCAAGAAGGAGUUCAAGAAUUUUGCCUCCCUGCGCAUCCACAUGGUGUCUCAUAGUGGCGUCAAGCCGUUCAAGUGUCCGCAGUGCUCCAAGGCAUUCACUCGCAGGCCCAACCUGAAUGAGCACAUGUUGACCCACUCAAAUGACUACCCAAUCCGCUGCAGUAGAUGCAACAAGGGCUUUGCUUAUGCAAGGUAUCUGAAAUUCCACCGCUGUCCAAUGUGGGCGCAGUGCAAAGAGGCGGUAGCCAGGAACAAGCUUGAAGUGGCCAAGACUACGAUGGAUGGGGAAGCGGAAGAAACAACAGAAGCCACAACGGACUCCAUCAAGAAGAUCAGUAAUCGGUCAACAGCAGAGAUUGAGAGGGAUCUUGAAGCAAUAACAUCAGAGUUACAGAAUCAGCAGACACAUGCCGUGGUCAAUGUUGAGGAAGUCACUAGUGACCAGAUUGCCACGGCUAAUGCAACGGCCAUCGCACUCCUUGACAUUGGGCAAAUGGUCGAACAAAGCCAGAGCCAUGAACAAAUAAACAUUUCACAAUAAAAAAGUCAUACAUUGGUAGAAUAGUCCUGAGUACUUACCCUUCUUCCGUCAGCAGUUUAGAAAAUAACAAAAACAUCAAACCAAAAUGUCACCUCGUAAAUAUUAAUGUCACCUUCCAUUAGUCUCGUCAUUUCAAAAAGAAAAAAAAACCAGACUAGAUGUCAAAUCGUGAAUUUGAAUGCCACCUUCCAUUUCCUCUGUUAUUGUUCCGACCUCUGUGAUUGAUCAUGGGUGAAAUGCAGCGAUACAAACCAAUUGCUUUUGUGGGUGUGUAUUACUUGUAAAGCGUGGCUAGAUAUAAAGUGUAGAGAUGUCAGUUUGGUUUGUAAAUUCUGUGAUUUUGUGCAUUCUUGGAGAUUUUCAACUGUGUACAUGUUAUCUUCCUAUAGCUAACCUUUGGUAGUUCGUGUUCACCCUUAAAAUCUUAAAACAAAUGUAGAGUUUGGUGAAGGGAAGUGGUGUGGGUACAGUUUCUAUCCAUGUACAGUAUAAAUAUUCACCAAUUGUAAAUAUCUGAGUUGAAAUUGGUAUGUGCCCAAUCUUGAGUAUGCCUGCUCUCCUUCAUGCAUUGUUGUGGCUUGAUUAAAAGGUUUGUACGGUUGUGUAAUGAGUCAAUAAGUGGAUGUUUUCUGUGACAGUGGAUUUGUCCAGUCUGGCAAUCUGCGGAUUCUUGAGGAAAUAAACAAAAUUAACUGAA